AUGGUCCUGGCCCAGCGGCCCGCGCUGGCUCCUCCCACCGCCCCGGCGUGCGCCCUCGCCAUUGGUGUGGGGCCGCCUGGCUUUGACGCGCCCAGUGCUGUUUGCUUAAAUCUGUCUUGUUUGGUGUUCUCUGAACUUAUUGGAUCUCCCGCGCCCGCCCCGCCGCCCGGCUGCGUCGUGUGCACGUCGUGCGGCUGCAGCGGCAGCUGCGGCUCCAGCGGCCUGACCGUCAGCUACGCCAACUACUUCCAGCACCCGUUCUCGGGGCCGUCCGUCUUCCCCUUCCCCUUCCUGCCCUUCAGCCCCGUGUGCGGCAGCGGCUACGUGGGCGCCCAGCAGUACGGCGGCGGCGCCUUCCCCGUGGUGCACCCGCCCUACGGCGGCGGCGUGGCCCCCGAGCCCGUGCUGGGCGGCCAGUCGGCCUUCGCCGUGCCGCCCAUGCAGAGCUUCAUGGCGGGCGCGGCGGGCGUGUACCAGGCCCCGGGGCUGGUGGGCAGCAGCAGCGGCUCCGGCCACAAGAAGAGCGGCAAUCUGUCGUGUUACAACUGCGGGGCCACCGGGCACCGCGCUCAGGACUGCAAGCAGCCGUCCAUGGACUUCAAUCGGCCAGAUUGGAGCUUGACGUCAGGACUCGCCUGGUCGGCGCCUCCACCGUGGUUGCGAUGCAGAGACCUCCGUCUCCCGAGGAGCAUUGCCGUCAUCGGCCCUUCCAGGCUCACACGUAAUUCCCGGGCAGCUACGCAAGAUCGGAAUCGAGAACUGCAGGUUGGAGUUCUCCGCGUGGAGUUCCACCAGUCGGACUCUUGAUACCCCUGGGUGAGGGAAAAUGUCGCCUUUGUUGUUUUGUUUUGUUUUUUGUUUUGUUUUGUUCCUCAAGUGGUUAGACACUAAUCUCUCUGGGCUUUUUAAGGAUUGCACUCCAGAAGAAUGUAAACUGAUGUCAAUCUCUGCCGCUCGGGGAGACAGACUCCCUGAGACCAGUCAGUGCAAGACACUCAGAGAACCCGUUUUUAAGGAGCUGGCACCAGCAGGCUACGUGACUUGGUACACAACAGAGAUUUUAGCAUUUCCUUCCCUCCUUAAAACACUUGUAGCAGUUUGAAGUUUUUAAUUUUUUUUUCUGCGAAUAAAUUUAAACUACGUUAUUAAAUAGAAAUAGUUACUCGCAACAACUUAAUAUCUAAGGGUCCAAGUCCCAGAGAAUCCCUAGUUGUCAAAGCUUUGAGAAUCCCUUCCUUCCCGGCCCUUCAGUAGCUUGAAGUCCUGUCAUCUUCCACCGCGACAGAGCUCUCGCCAAGACAUGGUGACCGCAUGGCCUUCGUGACUGGCUCUGACGGAUGCUACACAUCCUUAGCAAAGUUGGCAAGUUCUUGUCUCUCUCACGGAUCUCCCAAGGACCCCAAGGCUUACUGCUAACGGAUUCACACUCGAGACAGACGUUUCAACAGUAAUACAGUCCUAUAAUUUAUGAGCAAAAGAUUUGAAGCGUUCUCCUGUCAGCUUCUUUUGUAUUAGGCUGUGUAUUUAGUGGUUAGUUCUGCUCGAAAUUACCUGAAAACUCCAGUAGAAAGUGGUAAGACUCUGGAAGAGCCCACACCAACAGGACAGAGCUACAAGAUCUGCAGAAAUCUAGUUUUAUCCAAAGUGGAAAGUAAGUCCUCACCAUACAGCUCUGUUUCACCCCAUUACAAUGAAAGCUGCUUGGUCUGAAAUUUAGGGACUUAAACCUUUAAAGCCAAAAGGGAAUUUUCUGCUCAGAUAUUAUUAUUUUAACACUAAAGCCUUCAAUAUUAAAAUAUUGAUUGGUAAGGCCUUGCCCAGGGAUUUUGCAGUUGAAGAUUUAUUUAAAAAAAGAAAAUCAUAAUAUUCAGACCUUUCUUAAAAUGGGACAAUCAGCCUCAUGCCGAAUUGGUAUAAAUCAAAAAGAAUACCCUAGAAUUUGAGGCACUGUGAUGUGAGGCUUCAAAUUUUAUGAUCAGUUUCCUGGCGGAAACUAAGGCAGAGUUACCUUUUUUUUUUUUAUCACAGGCUUUUAGUAGCGUUUUUUUAGAGUUUUAUUUUAGUAGAGUUUCAUUUCUAUGCAAUGCAGAAUCGACAGACCUCUGUAUGCUUCUCUCUCGUCCUGGUACACGGUAUUACAUACGGUUUUGAAGUGAUGGUGAUGCUUACAACAACUUUUUGGGGGAAUGUUACAUUGAUCUCUUAAUUAUAAACACUACAAAAUGUCAAAAUAAUGAGAACUGACACAACUUUGCCUUAAAGAGUACGAGCCUGGAACUUGUCAUAUGAUGUUAAAGGAAGACUUGGGAGUGUCCACUGAUGUUUACGAUUUUAAUAUUUCUGAAGGCCGUUAUGGUGGCCUGGACAUGUGCUGAAAGCCAAACUUUUAAAUUUUUUGGUUUUUUAAACAAAGAAAUAUUUUAAAUAAAUCCUAUUUCAACACAGUGAAAUUGUUGAAAACUGUCUCAUAACAAAAGAAAAAAAAUCAUAUUUAGGGUUUUUGUUUUAGUGGUCAGUAUUGGGGAAUGAAAGCGUCUGUUGUUACCCUUAUGACUAUUUUGAUAAAUAUUAGAGGUUAGUGUGUUCCAUACAACAGAAAAUUAAAAUAGGAGCUUCGAUUCGAAGUAGGACAUUCAGAUUGAGGUAGAUAAGUCCAGACGUUGUGUGGCUGUGUUCCAGUCAUCAAAGGUCUUAGAAAAAUUCCCACUUGUCUCUGAGAGUGCGUGUGCGGUGUGACGUCUCCAGUGAGGCCAUUCCAAGGGGAGAAUCGUAAAACGGAAACGUGAGGCACACGGGACACAGAGCAUCCAGCUGCCGGUCUGUGAGACUCUUCCCAAGUGAAUACUUGGACUUGGGGAGUGUUUGCUGGCAGUGUAAUCUCUGAUGAAUUUCUCUCCAAAAGCAACCAAAGUCAGUAAGCCUCAAGAGCAUUCUGCACUUCCUCAGAUGGCCUCAUCUUCAUAGAAACACAGAUCUGACUGACCCUUUCAACUCUGUAGUCGUUUUCCUGAAACCAUGGGCUCAGUGUGCAAAUGCUGUAGCAACCAGGUAGGUGUGGCACAGCCACUCUGCUGUGUAGUCUGUCGUCUGUCCAAGUUUCUGUCCCCAUUUUUUGUCUCCCAAGAAUGGGGGAAGUGGAAUGUACAGAUUGAAGUACAAUACAGUGUUGGGAUAAAACAACUAUUUAAUCCUUUUUUUUUUUUUUUUU